AAAUCACACAUAGUACUUUGUCAACAAAAAGAAAUACAAUCCUUUAAAUUCAAAAAAGCUAAACUGCAUGACAAAUUUUUUGUUUUAAUAUACUUAUUCCUAAUAGUAAUAUUACACCUUUUAAAAACAAGACUACGUGAUCACUUGGCCUGAGCCAAAGAAAAUGACAAUCUCCAAUAAUCUCUCAACCAGCAGCAGUAUUCCUACUCCAUUAAUUCAACAAGACACAGUCGAUGGGUCCGUCGACUACGAAGGCCGUCCUGUUCAUCGAUCAAUCUCCGGCGGUUGGCGAUCAGCAUCUUUCAUUACAGCUGUGGAGGUGGCGGAGAGGUUUGCAUAUUAUGGGAUAUCCUCCAAUCUUAUAACAUACCUGACAGGUUCACUUGGACAGUCCACGGCAGCCGCAGCUGAGAGUGUGAACACAUGGUCAGGCGUCGCCGCCCUUUUGCCCCUCCUCGGAGGUGUCGUUGCUGAUUUUUUUCUUGGCCGAUAUCUUACUAUCAUUUUGGCCUCACUUGUCUACAUCUUGUCUGAAAGUGCUUCACAGGGUUUAGGGAUGUUGACUCUAUCAGCUGCACUGACUUCUCUUGAUGCUCAUGACUGCAAAACAACAAAAACUGGAACAUCAUGUUCUCCUCCUUGGUACCACGUAAUCUUGUUCUUCUUCUCUCUAUAUUUAGUUGCUAUUGGACAAGGUGGACAUAAGCCUUGUGUACAAGCUUUUGGAGCUGACCAAUUUGAUGGAAAACACCCAAACGAGAGCAUAGCAAAGAGCUCAUUUUUCAAUUGGUGGUUCUUUAGCUUAUCUGCAGGCAUUAUUGUAACACUUAUGGUGGUAGUAUACAUCCAAGAAAAUCUUAACUGGGUUCUUGGAUUUGGAAUACCCUGCAUUGUGAUGCUUGUUGGACUGCUUGUUCUCUUGCUUGGUAGCAGAACUUAUAGGUAUAAUAUAAAAAGAAAUGAGAAGAACCCUUUUAUUCGGUUCGGUCAAUUAAUUGUUAGAGCUGUCAGGAAUUGGCGAAAUACUUCUUUCCGAAUAGCUGCAGAGGAGGAAGCUUAUCUGGUUGAUCAAAGUUCUGAAAGAUUCAAGUUUCUGAACAAAUCAUUGCAAGCAUCAGAUGGUUCAGUGGGAGAUCAAGAGGCAUGCUUUGUCAGUGAUGUUGAAGGAAAAAAGGCAUUGCUGAGGCUCAUUCCUAUAUGGACUACAAGCUUGGUGUAUACAAUUGUGUAUGCACAAACCACAACUUUCUUCACAAAGCAAGGAGUUACAAUGGACAGAAAAAUUUUCCAAGGUUUCCAGAUUCCAGCUGCUUCAAUUCAAUCCUUUAUCGGUUUGGCAAUUGUUAUUUUCAUUCCUAUUUAUGACAGAAUUUUGGUCCCUCUGGUUAGGUUGUUAACUAGGAGUCCAUCUGGAAUUACAAUGCUUCAGAGAAUCGGAGCUGGGAUGUCUAUAUCUGCUCUUUCUAUGGUAACUGCAGCUCUAGUUGAGCAAAAAAGACUUGAAAUUGCUAAAGAACAUGGGAUGAUUGACCUGCCAGACGCAGUGAUUCCAAUGAGUAUUUGGUGGUUGGUUCCUCAGUAUGUACUAUGUGGUGUUGCUGAUGUGUUUACCCUUAUUGGCCUUCAAGAAUUCUUUUAUGAUCAGUUUCCAGAUGGUCUGAGAAGUGUGGGCCUCUCAGUCUACCUCAGUGUGAUAGGUGUAGGAAGCUUUCUGAGCAGCUUUCUUGUGUCUGUCAUUGACAGAGCAACAGCUAGAGGUGUCCAAGAGAGUUGGUUUUCCAGUAAUCUUAAUAGGGCACAUCUUGAUUAUUUCUACUGGUUACUUGCUGGACUUAGUGCAGUAGGAUUCUUUGCCUUCUUGAUUUUUGCUAGAUCAUACAUUUAUCAGAAGGCUAACAGAAGUCAGAUGUCUUAUUGAAGAAUCACUCCUGAUAUUAUAUAGCAUAUUCUAGGUUGUUCCCUGGAUCAUGCUACUCCAAUUCUCAGUGCAGAGAUGGUGCAGUCUUUGAAGUUCACUCCUUCAUCUUCUGAUUGAAUGGUUGGAUUCACAAUGUCCAUAAGGCAAAGAUCUCUCGACAAGAGUAUGAAGGCUGAGCCCAUCUUUAAAUGGUUCAUCAGCUGGUUUAUUUCUAGUAAACAUCUCUAGUAACAGAAUCCCAUAGCUAUAUACAUCUCCCUCUGUAGAAGCACUGCCACCCAUGCCAUAUUCUGCAAAUUGAUAAGAGUACUAAUUAUGAGUUAUCUAGCAUAAGAUAUUUUGAGAAAUUAUAAGAUGGAAAGGCAUAUAGAACUUUUCUUUUUU